GCGUACACGUGGUGACCUGCCUGGGGCUGGGUUCCCGGCUCGGACUCCUCCUCCCUCCGGCUCCCGCUCAGCUUUCUGCAGUAUCACGUGCAGCAGCGCCGGGUGCAGGAUGGCGGCGGCGGCGGCGGCGGCGGCGGCGGCGGCGGCGGCAGUGGGUGUCAGGUUCCGGGAUUGCUGCAGCCGGGGCGCUGUGCUCCUGCUCUUCUUUUCUCUGUCUCCUCGGCCUCCGGCUGCCGCCGCUUGGCUUCUGGGACUUCGGCCCGAAGACACAGCUGGAGGCCGCGUGUCCCUGGAAGGGGGUACCCUGCGUGCGGCCGAAGGCACCAGCUUCCUCUUACGGGUCUAUUUCCAGCCUGGACCGGAGGCGCCAGCCGCGCGGGUACCCGCCCCCACCCUCUCCCUGGGGGAGAACGGCACCAGCGACUGGGCUCCGAGGCUAGUGUUCAUCGAGGAGCCCCCAGGCGGCACCGACGUGGCGCCCAGCGCUGUCCCCACGCGGCCCCCGGGACCGCAGCGCUGCCGUGAGCAGAGCGACUGGGCAUCGGACGUGGAGGUUCUGGGGCCCCUGCGCCCCGGGGGUGUGGCGGGCUCAGCCCUGGUCCAGGUGCGGGUGCGGGAGCUGCGCAAAGGCGAAGCGGAGCGUGGAAGCGCGGGCGGUGGCGGGAAGCUCUUCUCGUUAUGCGCCUGGGAUGGGCGCGCGUGGCACCACCACGGUGCCGCAGGAGGCUUCCUGCUGCGCGUCCGCCCGCGGCUGUACGGCCCUGGCGGGGACUUGCUGGCCCCCGCUUGGCUGCGGGCGCUCGGGGCGCUCCUCUUACUCGCCCUGUCCGCGCUGUUCAGCGGCCUGCGCCUGAGCCUGCUCUCGCUGGAUCCAGUGGAGUUACGUGUGCUGCGGAACAGCGGCUCGGCGGCGGAGCAGGAGCAGGCUCGCCGCGUGCAGGCUGUGCGCGGCAGAGGGACCCAUCUGCUCUGCACUCUGCUCCUGGGCCAAGCGGGAGCCAACGCGGCCCUGGCCGGCUGGCUGUACGCCUCGCUGCCGCCGGGCGUCGGAGGCGAGGAAGACGACUACAGCGAGGGGGCGAUUCACUUCCCAUGGCUGCCGGCGCUCGUGUGCACCGGUGCCGUGUUCCUGGGGGCUGAAAUCUGCCCCUACUCUGUGUGUUCGCGGCACGGUCUGGCCAUCGCCUCACACAGCGUGUGCCUGACCCGGCUUCUGCUGGUGGCCGCCUUUCCUGUGUGCUACCCGCUGGGCCGCCUGCUGGAUUGGGCGCUGCGCCAGGAAAUCAGCACCUUCUACACGAGAGAGAAGCUGCUGGAGACGCUGCGGGCCGCGGACCCCUACAACGACCUCGUAAAGGAAGAGCUCAAUAUUAUACAGGGUGCCCUGGAGCUGCGCACCAAGGUGGUGGAGGAGGUGCUGACCCCCCUCGGAGACUGCUUCAUGCUGCGCUCAGACGCGGUGCUGGACUUCGCCACUGUCUCAGAGAUUCUGCGCAGUGGCUACACUCGCAUCCCCGUGUACGAGGGCGACCAGCGGCACAACAUUGUGGACAUUUUGUUUGUCAAGGACUUGGCUUUCGUGGACCCCGACGACUGCACCCCACUCCUCACCGUGACCCGCUUCUACAACCGGCCCCUGCACUGCGUCUUCAAUGACACCCGGCUGGACACGGUGCUGGAGGAGUUUAAGAAGGGAAAAUCUCACCUGGCCAUUGUCCAGCGGGUAAAUAAUGAGGGGGAAGGGGACCCUUUCUACGAGGUGAUGGGCAUUGUCACGCUGGAGGACAUCAUAGAAGAGAUCAUCAAGUCAGAGAUUCUGGACGAGACCGAUCUCUACACUGACAAUCGGAAAAAGCAAAGAGUCCCACACCGGGAAAGGAAACGGCAUGACUUCUCCUUGUUUAAGCUUUCUGACACGGAGAUGCGGGUGAAGAUCUCACCACAGCUUCUGCUGGCCACACACCGCUUCAUGGCCACAGUGGAGCCCUUUAAGUCUCUGUACCUUUCGGAAAAGAUCCUCCUCCGGCUCCUGAAACAUCCCAAUGUGAUCCAAGAGCUGAAGUUUGAUGAGAAGAACAAGAAGGCCCCAGAACACUACCUCUACCAGCGCAGCCGUCCUGUGGACUACUUUGUGUUACUUCUGCAGGGUAAAGUGGAAGUGGAGGUCGGUAAGGAAGGCCUUCGCUUUGAGAAUGGAGCCUUCACCUAUUAUGGGGUCCCAGCCAUCAUGACCACUGCGUGCUCAGAUAAUGACGUGCGGAAGGUUGGAAGCCUGGCUGGAUCCUCUGUCUUUCUAAACCGGUCCCCUUCUCGCUGCAGCGGGUUGAAUCGCUCUGAGUCUCCAAACCGCGAGCGCAGCGACUUUGGGGGCAGCAACACGCAGCUGUACAGCAGCAACAACAACCUCUACACACCGGACUACUCGGUGCACAUCCUCAGUGAUGUGCAGUUUGUGAAGAUCACACGGCAGCAGUAUCAGAAUGCACUCACUGCCUGCCACAUGGACAGCUCACCCCAGUCCCCUGACAUGGAGGCCUUCACCGACGGAGACUCCACCAAGGCCCCCACGACUCGGGGCACACCUCUGACCCCCAAGGAUGACCCUGCCAUCACGCUCCUGAGCAAUAGGAACAGUCUGCCGUGCAGCCGUUCAGAUGGGCUGAGAAGCCCUGGCGAGGUAGUGUACCUGAGGAUGGAGGAGAUGGCCUUCACCCAAGAGGAAAUGACUGACUUUGAGGAACCCAGCACACAGCAGCUCUCACUGUCACCGGCAGCUGUGCCCAUGAGAGCAGCAUCAGAUAGUGAAUGUUGUAACAUCAACCUGGAUACAGAGACCAGCCCUUUCAGUAGCGACUUUGAGGAAACCAUGGGCAAGAAGCUGUUGAGAACCUUGAGUGGUCAAAAAAGGAAGAGGUCACCAGAUGGAGAGAAAACCUCUGAGGAAAACUCUAAUUUAACACCUCUGAUCACAUGACAGGAAAACCAGCAUUUGCUGGCUGCGUGCAAUUCCAGAGCUUUGGGGGAGAACCCACCCUCCCUUCAUCUGCUUCCCCCAAGGCCUCCCACAGGUGACAGAAUGUUCUGCCUUCCUUUCCACCCCUCACUGUCAAUUUGGCAGAUUUUCCCUUCUUUCCUCCAGUUUGACUCAGAGCCUUGCCGUGGUCCUAACAGAAGGAAGUGCCUUUAAUGGAACAUGCUAGAAAUGGUCUUGCCAACAGCACAGUAUGGGACUGAAGAAGAGAGGACCCCCACGCUGACAGUGCCACGGGGACCCCUGAUGCCCUAUGACACCCAUGUCCUGGAACUCACCAUUCUUUCCUCCAGAACAAAAUGAUAACUUUCUAUCAUAUUUCAUGCUUAGCGUAGCUCAGAAGGUGCCACUGGCAGACAGGCAUAUGGGAAGCUGGAAUAGUAGGUACGAAGAUUUGUUCAGGGAUGGACCGAGAAUUCCUCCGGAACUUCAAAGCAGUGGGACUCAGCCACGUUGACGUGUGACUGACAUUACGCACAGAAAACUGUCAGUGACUAGUUUCUUGUUGGUUUAGAGUUCCAGCAGCCUGAGGAAGUACAAGCCUUAGCUAGAAUGGAAAGAAUGUGAAAUGGAACCUCAAGUCACUGUUUUUCCCAGGGACAGAUGUUUCAGCUCCUAAUCAAUGGUUAUUGAUCAAUCCGUAAAUCUGCUCUGGAAAGGGAGCGAGGAACAGAGAAACCCAAGUGGGAGCCAGAGAUGGAACUUCAGGUUUUAAGUGCAAAUCAAAGCAAAACCAAAACAAAACAAAGAAACAAAAACCCUUACAUGGAAAAAUUCUAAGCCCUUAAAAGAAAGUUUAGCCAUGACAAACCAAAGAGUGCCCAGGUCAGCCAAGAAAGAUGCAUGCUCUCAUGGGACUUCAGUGUGCACUACACAGGAACGUUCAAAAGUCGUACUUUUUCAUUCAUCUGUGCCCCCUCCCCCUGACUACACCCUAGCAGAUCAGCUGGGUGUAUUUUAUUCCAAGAACUUACUAGAUCUCUGGUUUUUCUAUUCACUGUUGAGGCAGGUGCAAUUCCAUGCAUAACCAGGAGAUGGCAGAAAGACUGCAUAUACCUACUUCCAAGAAUAAAAGUUCUAAUCAGGAACCACAGCCAGCCUUAGGGAAAUCUUGGAAGUGAAGUUUGUCUUUGGGACAUCUCUCUCCCUUUCUAUCUCCCACCCUUUAGAUGCCCUCACUCAGUCAGGUACCCAGUGAUCGAGUGCUGUCUGCUGAAUCUCUAAAAAAAAAACAUUCCUAAAGGUUUCCCUGUGGUAUAUAAACCUUCCCUCCCCUUCCUCCAAAACCAUCACUUCCACCUCCCCACACCCAUUCAAUCAAUAAUCACCUGGAGAAGUUGCAGACUGAUAAUUCCUCUGGGUUAUUUGCAUCUCAAAAGAAAAUGCUUACCCACAGGAACCUUGAACUCAGGGGUUCUUAACUUGGGGUCCAUCACCCAAGGGGGGUCCAUAGUUGGACUUCAGAGGGUCUGUGAAACCACUAAAACAGAAUUUAGUGUAUGUAUUCUUGUGUGUGUUUUCCAGAGCGUUAAAGCUUUCAUAAGGUUCUCAAAAGUCUCAGACCUACAAAGGAUUUUUAAAAACCACUAUUUUAAAUAGUGGAACUUUCAGCCCAGAGUUUCUGCAAUGCAGAGUGAAGUGAAUACUGGGCAGUUAGAGACAGAUUUUUAAUUGUGAGUGGCCUUCCCAAGUGACCAUUAGCCAAUGAGAGAGGCUGGCACCCACCAAGAAGUGGGAAUCCUCAGAAAUUUUUGGCACAUUCUAGAUAUUGUACAACCUAUACCCCUACAUAAUUCAUCCCACUUUCCCCAAACCAACCAGGGCAGGUGUUGCAGACAGGAGGGCCCAGCAUGUGGGAGCAGGCUCUGGAACUAGAGAUGCCUUCUCCAACAACGUAUUACUGACUUCACUGUACCCCUGCCUGGCCGGACCCGGCCUGAGGCUCAGCAGUGCAUGACUUCUCGUAGGUAACUUCACAGCAACCCUUCCCGACACCUGGUCUUUCCUGGUAGGAAUAGACAGUGUCAGCCCUCAGUGUUGGGUGCCUCAGUCCCGAUCCAGUAAAUGGUGAGUCUUGAGCAAGAACUGCCAUCAUACAGUCUUCUUGCUCAGCUGGCCAAUGGCCCGGGGCAGGAGGAGGGCUGCCUGGCUAGUCUUCCUUUCGUUACCCCUUAGGCCACGGACCUCAGGCCACUGCUGUUGCAUUACAUCCAUCCCUUUGCAGAAUCCCUAAGGAGUCUGUCACCAUUCCCUUCCCUGUAACCCCCAUCCCCAGCAAAGAUUUUCUUCAGGUUUAAAAAAAAAAAAGAAUUUUAAAAUAAAGCAUUUAUGAAGGCUUAAUAAUUGUAAAUAAUUUUUAAAUAAAAUGAAAAUGCCUUUCCUGGAAUGUUGCUGUUUUCCUUUCUCUGGAAUCUCAAGAGUUCAAAGAUGCUUUAUUGGAGAUGCAGAUUGGGUGACGCAGAUGGGUAAUCAUGUCACCUGUUGCCCACCUGUCUGAAGAGGCGUGCCUCUCAAAUCCAGGUGCGAGGCUGCAGUAAGGUUACAGUAAAGUCCUGGCAUUCUACUUUGGGAAGCAAGAUGGGUAAGAUUUUGCAGAAGCAAAUGCCAGCAAUGGGAGAAUUAAAACCCAAACAAGAACCUGGAGUGUGCAUGAAGACAAGGAGUCCUGAGACCAAUGUUUUGAGAAGGGCUGGCAUUUCUUGAGCCCAUGUGACAGGUGAAAAACUAUACACGUUGCCAUCCAAUUCAAAGUCUGAGAGGCUGGACCCAGAAAAGUCCCUGAGAUAAUGUGCUGUUCACAUUGGCUUGCUUCUGCAGACCCUUCAGAAAGGAGGGUAUGACUCCAGAAGUUUCCAGUCAAAGGCUAAGGAGAGGAACAUGGGAUUGGGGAUUAUUGGUCAGUUUUAAGCCAGUACAGGAGGGAGGGAGCAACCAGACAGGUGGGAAGCUGUGAUAGGCAUUUAAUGUCUGAAGGAAGCCUGGAAUCUGACACCUACUACUAAUUUCUCAAACCAGCAAAUAGGACAGUUCAUGACCAAUGCUAGGUGGCUUAAGAUUCUUCCUCAGGAACCUCAAUAAGGCUAUUCAUUUCAUUAAUAAUAAUAAUCAUACCUAUUUUGUUGAGGGCUUUAUGCCAAGUAUUGUGGUAAGUAUCCAUUAGCUCAUUUCUUCCUCAAAACUAGUCUGUGAAGGUGGUAUUACGGAAAGGUUGAAGGUUGGAUGACUUGCUCAAGGUCACACACUGGGAAUUGGCAGGGCCUGGAGGUCUGAGUGAACAGGCAAAAUCUGUGAAACAGUCCUACCUCUGAAAUUCACGGUGAAUAUCUGCAUAUUAGAGGCCCUGAAGAGAGUCCUGCAGCUUUCCCCAAACUUAGCCCUUUUUGCAUAAACACUCAGGGGAAACUAGAGCACAGUGGGGACCACAGUAUACGAAGUAUCUGUAAAAAUAGAAUUAAGAGGACCAAAUUCCCAUCAAGACUGAAGUUUUGUUUUUUUGGCUUUUUUGUUUAGCUACAGCUGCUAAAAUGGGAGACGCUGGGGCUUUUUUUAAAUAUCAAAAACAUUUUAGUAUUGGUAUUGGCAUUUAUUUGGUAUUGGCAUUUAGGUUUAAAGACAUUUAAAGUUUUAGUACCCUCUAAAGCAGCAGUUCUCAACCUGUGGGUCGUGACCCACUACAACUGUAUUAAAAAGGGCCACCGCAUUAGGAAGGUUGAGAACCACUGCUCUAAAGAGAAAAAUUAAAUUGCAAUUUGCCCUAAUAGCAGAAAUUAAAUACUAAGAAAUAAGAUUUUUCAGGCAGGUUUGUGGUUUUUUGGAGAGCUACAUAUCACUUUAAUAGAUCAGGCCUUUUUUGCCUCAAAGAACCAACUUUUACCCCUGUGGAGGUACCAUCACCCCUUUGGUAAAUGCAUGAUUUAAAACUAUGCAGAGAACAGAGGACUGACAGAAGGCAGAAUCAACUUCUAUUUUGGCUGCCUCCCUUACAACGAGCAUCUUUCUUUUUUUUUUUUUUUUAUUGAGACAGAAUCUCACUUUGUCACCCUCAAUAGAGUGCUGUAGUGUCACAGCUCAUAGCAACCUCAAACUCUUGAGCUCAAGCGAUUCUCUUGCCCCAGCCUCCCUAGUAGCUGGGACUGCAGGCGCUCACCACAACACCUGGCUAUUUUUUGGUUUGUUUAGCAGGCGCGACUGGGUUCCA